UCAAGGCAGUAUACGUAAUAAAUGCACGAAGAAUAUUAAUCCUUGUAGCAGAAGAAAGUGUUUAUUUUUUCACCUAUUUAUUUAAUUAUCUCACGUUUGAAAUUUCCGUCUUGACAGUUGAUGUGCUUUAGAUUGUGAAAUGUGCAGUAGAAAAGGCAUAUUUUAUUUUUGCGUAAUUAAACUCUCCCGAUUAUUAUUCGUUACUGAAAGCUAAUUAUCAUGUUCGAAGUAAUAAAGCCCUGUAAUUUUUACCCUUGGAAUUUUUAAUCCAAAUUCAAGGGACUCCAAGGAUUUUAGGGGACAAAAAUCACAAAAAAUUGAGAAGGCCAGGCUUUAACGCCAAUUUUUUUAUUUAUGUCACAUCGGUCGCAAGGAGUGUCAACACCACCAGAAUCUUCUUCAAUUUCCACGUCCAGUCGAUCCUACAUCACGAAGAAUUUGAAUGGUUGUGUGUAUUACACCUGCAGCUACUGCUGUCUCAUAUCUCUGGACCAGAGAGUCAUUGAACAGCAUAUACAGGGAGAAGAUGUUUCCAUUCAUUGUCAUAAGAAAUUGCAGUUACAGUGUUUCGGCUGUGAAAAUGUAUUCUUUUCAAGGAACUCAUUAUUGUCUCAUGCCAUACACGACCACCAGAUGACAGAAUCAUGUGCAGUCAGAUUGAUCAGUAAAAUACCCCAACCAGAUGGAGAAGGAAAUACUUUACCUGGAGAGCCUGAAAUUAAUAAACAAGAUAAAAAUAUUGAGAUCCUAAGAGAAACUCAUGAAUCUGCAAUUACUGACGGAAGACUGGACAUUUCGAUUCCUUUGGAACAGGAAAUAAUAAAUGACUUGAAUGACUGUGAAGAUGAUUCGGAUGAAGACGACUACAGAACUCCAGGAACACCUGAGAAAUGCAGCAGGAAAAAAAAUCCCACGAAGAAGACUAGAGUCCAGGGGUUCAGAUGUGAGACUGAGGGCUGCAAUGUUCGUCUACUGGUGGAGGAAAAUAUUUUGUACCAUGAGAGGUGUCACAAUGCUGAGAGUAGAGGAGAGGCAGAGGCCUUCAAGUGUCCUGAAUGUCAAGAGUUUCUCUGCAACCGAUGGAAUACCAUGGCUGGACACCUCUGGAGAUCGCAUUUAGUUGAUGUUGAGCUACACACCUGCGACUUGUGCAACUACAAAACUCCUAGUCUGAGUAGAUUGAUCAAUCAACACCGGGGAAUUCAUGGGGAUGAGAGGCCUUUUGUGUGUGAGUACUGUGGGAAAGGGUUCAAGACCUCCAAACAAUUGAGAACUCAUAGAACAUCACACAAGUCUGACGAGCAGAACACCUUCGAGUGUGAUAAGUGCCAAAGAGUAUUUAAGACUUGUAGAUUACUCAAAUUACAUUGUAAUUCCGUGCAUAGGGAUUGUAAACCAUUCACUUGUCAUUUUUGUGAUUUCUCCGCUGCUACUAGGAGUGGACUGAAGCUCCAUUUAAGAAGACAUACCGGAGAAAAGCCUUUUUCUUGUGAUCAAUGUGCCUACUCAACUGGAGACCACAAUUCUAUAAGAAGACAUAAAUUACGCCAUUUGGGAUUAAAACCGUAUAAUUGUCCACACUGCAAUUACGCCUGCAUACAAUCAUCUACUUACAAAGUUCAUCUGAAAAAUAAACAUCCGGGUCUCAAUGAUGGAAUUAUGUUUUCCUGCAAAUACUGCCCCUACCGCACAGUAAAGCAGGAAAAACUGUUGACACAUAUCACAAUACAUACAGAGUCAUCAGAUCAAACUGGAAAUGAUAAAGAUUGAGGAGAGUAGUUUAUCAUGUAUUUGUAAAAAGCUUCACCGUCAUUGAAGUAACAAAACAACAUGGCAUAAUUGGGGGGAAUGUCGACUGUGGAAUUG